GUUAGAUGGAAAGAUCAGGCGUUUGUUUUAAUGAUGUCUUCCUUUAUGUCAGGUGACGAGCGUGUUUUACGGCUAAGGAAGAGGCCUAAGGAGACUUCUUCUAAAGCAAAAACUGCACGAGUACCCUUUGGUAGCCAGGCUACAAAGGUGCUUUCGAUUCCUGCAAUUGCGGACGGAUAUAAUUAUCAUAUGGGAGCUGUGGACGAGUUUGAUCACUUGACUGCUCAGAACGCUGGUUUACGGCACGUGAGACGAGAGGGGCACCAAGCACUUGAGCACUGGCUACUUCGUACGGUUCUAAUCAAUUGCUAUUUACUUGCUUUAUAUAGCGAUAUUCCAGAGCCUAGGCAAGUAAGCUUUAGGAGCCAGCAAGACUUUAGAAGGCAGUUAAUUGGUGCUCUGGUAGCUAAA